AAACGCCGGCACCAUGGCUAGCAUGCUAUUAGCGCUAUCGUGUCGUUUUAUCCUUAUUCUACGUCUAAUGAUCGAUAAAGAUAGAAUGACGGAAUAGCGCCGAUAGCACGCUUCCCGAACGCAGCCCAUGUCUAUUCCCACCACGCAGUCCCGGCAUUCUCUUCCACAGUACCAACGUGUUGCAAAAAGACUUUCAAACGGCAGAUGAUUUGCUGGUAUACAUGCACUGACAUGCAUCAGCCAGUAUAAACUAGUCGGUGCAUGUGCAGCAAAAUGUUUUAUAUUUUUUGAGUAUUUUUAUGUUUUGAAGCAGAUGUAAAUAACUAUAUAAAAAUUUACACACUGUACGUGAUGUUGUGAUUAAAGCAGUUUUGCAUUAAAAGCAAUUGUACAAUAGCCUAAAUGUAAUGGUUAUAAGUGGUUGUAAAUUUUGUAGGUUAAACUUUUGAAGCUCAGUUUCACUGAAUUUAUUUAUAUAAUUUAUAUUUUCUUUAAAAUAAGAGUUUGCCAAUUGUUAUCAAAAGUUACAUACAACAUGCUGCAAAGGUUAAAUCGUAUGACAAACUGCAACAGAAUUCUUCAAAGAGCUGUUCUACAUAAAAAUGUUUAUCCAGCACGUAAGAGUGAAAAUAGUGUGCAAAUUGUUAGGAAAGUAACAAUAAUGUCACCAUUUACUGUGAUGGGGAUUUGGGGAGUCACAAAAAACAAUAGUCAAGAUGAAUACAAAACCCAAAUUGCAACAAAGGAACUUCUUACUAAAGCAGAUACGCUUUUUGAUCAGGGAGAUUAUAGAGGUAUAUACAAUCUUCUAUCAAACUACAAGGAUAAUAAAGAUGUUGAAAUCUUGUGGCGUUUAAGUAGAGCCAUUUAUAAAAUGUCUGAAAUGGCCAGUGAUGUUGAAGGACAAAAGUUAAUUUAUGAAGGAUAUGACUUGCUGUGUAUGGCUCUUGAGAUUCAAGAAGAUCAUUAUGCUGUGCAUAAAUGGAUGUCUAUAUUUCUUAAUAGUAAAAGUAUUCUGGAAGGUACAAAGACACUUAUAAAAGAAUCGUACAACAUUAAGAAACAUAUGCUGAGAGCAUUGGAAUUAAAACCUGGUGAUGCAACGUUGCUUUACAUGAUUGGAUGCUGGUGCUACGAGGUUGCAAGUAUGCCAUGGUAUCAACGAAAAAUAGCAUCUAUCGUAUUUGCAGAACCACCAACUUCGUCUUUGGAAGAAUCGUUGUCGUAUCUUGAAAAUGCUGAGAAAAAUGAUCCAAAUUUUUAUAGUCGCAAUCUUCUGAUGUUAGGAAAGACAUAUUUAAAAUUGAAUCGUAAGGAAGAUGCGAUAAAAUAUUUGAAAAAAGCCGCUGAAUUUCCUGCAAAGGAUGAUGAGGACCAAAGAACAAAACAAGAAGCACAAAAGAUAUUAAAUAGUAUUUAA